AUGGGUUGCGCUUCUAUUAAGUCAUAGCCUUUAAAUAAAAGAUAUGAUAACACUAUGAUCAUUGGCAAUAGCAUUUUGAGUGAAACCUCUACAAAGACAGAUGACGAGGAAGAAAUUAAAAAGAGAGGCUAAUUUACAAAAAUAAGUGCAAUUAGAGUUUCUCAUUCUAAAAGCAAUAUAGAGAGCAUUUAGUUAGCAUAUGAAUUAGACUGUGGUACGAUUAUCACAGGUUUCAAUCACCAUAAACCUGAUUUUUCCAAAGAGAAAGAAUCUCCUGAAGAACCCAAAAAGAGCCUGAGUCAAGAGUUAAAGUCAAUAAAUAGAAAAAUUAAAAGCGCUAGCAACCUAACAAAAUCGAGUAUAUCUAGCUCGAAAGAGUAGCUGAAGAAUGAAGUUUUCGAAAUUUUGGAAGAUGACUAUCUUCAAGAAAUAUCAGGAAGGAUAGGCAAGCAAGUAGAACAGCUCACUUUCAAGACAUACAGAGGCUAACAAAUCACCUUUGGUAAUGGCAAGAAAGGUAAAAUCUUUUAAGUAAAACUCUCUAAUGAAACAUUUGGACCAUUCACAACUAACCAUGAACUAAACUCUUUUAAAAUACCUAUAUUACCUAUACCUUAAUCAUUUAUUUAAGGAAAUAACCAAAUAUUAAAUACAAACACCUACUAAAGACAUAGGACUAACUGA